AUGGAAAAUAGCAGCACAGUUUUUCAAGAAUCUGAGAAGUUUAUUGAAUAUGCAAAAAUUGACAACGACGUCACCACUAGUUACACUAGAAGCAUUGACCAGAUAGUUACUGAUAAAAUUGCAUUGGCUAAUGUAACUUCUAUAGAGGAAGAUCGCGAGGGAAGGAAGAAGAUGAUACAACACUAA